AUGACAACGAGGCUCAGAAACGCGAACCCAUGUGAUGGAUGCGCACUGAGACGCGUUAAAUGCGAGCAAGGAAAGCCUUGUCACGAGUGUCUUCUCCGAGGCAUUGAAUGCACGGCUUUGAGGACCAGGAAGAAGCGUGGGCCAAAGGGUGGAGUGAGAACGACGACAAAAGACAAAGUCGAGAGAUUUCAAGAGAGUAUCAAGAAUGACCAAUCUUGUACUUCUAAUCUACCGUCGUACCGUAUACCGCUUCCUGAAUAUAAACGUAUCCUCACCAUUUCCAAACGACUAGCAACAUCUAUCUGGAUCGUCAUCAACCCCGAACAUCUUCUCACAAAAAUAUCCGAAAACAGCGAGGAUUACGAGUCUCAUGCUCUAGCAGCAGCAUUAUGUGCCGCAACUAUAGCCCAGCUCCGACUACCAGAGCAUGCCGGACCAUUAAACACCACAUCUUCCCUCCAGUUCGCUGCAGAGUGCCUGCAGCUGCGAGAACUCUAUGAUUAUCGUGAGAGUUAUACUCUUGAUUCUCCCCUGAUACCGUUCUUCAUGCACGUUUACCACUCCAAUGGAAAUAAACUGCGUACUGCUGGCUUGUUCUUGAGAGAGGCUGUUACACAGGUUCAGCUUCUGCAGCUUGGUUAUCCUGAGACGUAUGCCCAUUUGAGUACAUCGGAGCAAUCACUGCGAUUGCGGAUAUACUGGCUUGUUCUUAUCACGGAGAGAACAUACUCUGCGCAGCAUGGCCUGCAAGCAGUUCUCCAAGUCAUCGACGUCUUCCCAGAUAUCCAAGACGACAUGGCCGACGAGCGUCGAAUGCAAGCCUUUGUAUCCCUAACAAGACUCUUUGCCUAUUUAGAGAGUAAUCUGACGACAUUUUCAUCAAACCAGCAGCCGCUCGAAAGGCAGAAAUUGGUAUCAUACCAAGCUGCAUUAUGUCUCGACUCGCAUGACCAUGCAGCUCGGGAAGCCCAGAGGGUAGACCUGUUUGUCACUCGACAGUGGAUCAGACUUAUCCUGUGGGAGUACACGGCUCGUCAUUUUGCUAUGUCAUGCUAUCCAGAUGACGAAGCUUUUUCGCUGUUUUUACCUGUCAAGAUUGGGCAUAAGAUGCUUUCGCUUUUUUCAAUAGUGACCAACGCAGCUAUAAAGACACAUGGGUACGGUAUUGAACUCAAAGUGUUUAGACUAGCAGAUGCAAUGCUUGAUAUUAUUGCUUGCACGCCAGUCUCUGCUCAUGGCAAUGCAUGUAUUACAUUCCGUGGGCGGAAAGGAUUCUGGAUUUCUACACAAGAUACAGAAUCGUUUCCGUCAAAGUUGAGAAUGUGA